GGCAUCGCCAUAAUUUAAAGUUGCACAAUGAUGUGGCGCAGCAGUACGUCCACAACGAUGUGGAGGCGCGGUGGAAACCACACCAGGUUUACAGCUUCUACUGCAGUCUCAUGGCGAUCAGAAAGAACAAGACCGUGGCGACCGCUUCACCACCCACCUCUGUAUUCUCAACAAGAGUCUCGACAUUUCACAACAACAACAACAACGACUUCAAAGAGUGCAAGUGCACGAGGUGGGAAACAAGAGGAGACGGAGAUAAUAGUAGAAUUGUUCAUUUUUUCAGAACGACUGAAGGGGACGCGGUCACACCAUGCAGACUAUUUUUCCGAAGUGCAGGCGGCAGGAAAGAGUACAAUUACGAUGGCUAUCGUACUCUAAAACGUGAUCAAGCAUGAGCGUUACUACGCAUGGGCACACUAGUUUGCCUCUUCUUUAUCUUUUUGAUUUGCAUGUUGAUUUUGAUUUCUAACUCUAACUCUAACUCUAAGUCCAACUUUGUUUCUUAAAGAUAAAAAUUAAGAUUCAUUGUCUCUGACAAUGACAUGGGCCAGGUAUACUGAUGUUACUGUCUCUUUCAUUCUGCAAACAUCUCCGACUGCUGAAGAUGCUAGAGAAAUAUCUUUUGAGGAC